UAGGGCUAGGGUUUCGGAAGCCCCGAGCUCUCGAAACAAAACAAAGUCAAGCGUUGAUGAUGACAAUCUGGAGACGAACGGAAGUCGAAUUGCGACUCACUGGAAUCGGAAUCGAAGGGACCGAACGAUGAUGCCAUGCUGAAUCGGUUGGAUUGUUUGCUGAUGCAGGUUUUGCAGCGGGGGAGAGAAAGUAGUGUGCCGCGACUGGAUGUCAUGAGCGCUCAGUGUUGAGAACCUUUGGGUUGCAGCGAAGCGAAGGGUGCCUUGUGCGAGUUCCGUGGGAGUUGCUCCAGUGAUGAGCGGCACCGGGAAGAAGCCCGCGCGGCAUGUGUACAAGACGGGUGCCGCCGGAUGCGGGGGCAAAGCGGCUCCAACGUCUGCAAAGAACACGGGCCAGCCAUUGCCAUGCCCGUUUUGUGACAGAAUAUUUAAGCAGGACGGGCGAUUGAAAGAGCAUCUGAAAAACAAACAUGCUGAUGAAGAGAACCAGGAAUCUGAGUUAUCUGUAGAUGUUAACAAUGUAGAGCAACAAGCUAGCUCAAGCGAGCCUGUCCAGAAUCCACAGCGCGAUGAACAUGGAUACCCAAUCAAGUCUCCUAAGACACUUCUCCAUGAAUGGUGCCAGAAAAACAAGAAGCCUCAACCAAAAUUUAAGGCUGUAGAAGUGGAAGGGGGCGGUUUCCACUGUCGUGUUAUUCUGCCUGAUGACAAAAAAAGUGAAGCUGAUGUUAUCCUGUGGUAUAGGAGGGAACCGACACGCACAUCUAUGGAAGCUCAACAUCGUGCCUCUGUUAUGGCACUUUAUCAUAUAAUGGGAAAUCGCAGGUUGGACCGUAUUCUUGGUGAAGAUUAUAGACAGCUCUGGUUUGACCUUGAAAAGGCUGCCGAAGAGCGUAAAGAAUACCUCAAACUGCAUCCACCGCAGCCAAGGCAGAAACCCGCUCCAGUGCAACGAGAGCUGCACUCUGUGUUCAUGAGUGAAGGUAAUCGGCGUCUUGUUGAAGAUAUCAUUCGAGGCUCAGGUACAAGCGAUAAUGUCGCAUCUACCCCUAGCGUUGAACAAGACUUAAAUGUGGAUGGUGGAGUUUUUAAAGAUCUCGAUGAAGAUGCUGCCAGUACCUGGGAGGACAUAACAGAACCUGAAACCAGUGGUCGGAAGGUUGAUCAUCCUCAGAAGUAUGCUCAUACAAAGGGUGCUGCGCCUAAGUUACAUUUCAAAGAAAAAAAUCUAUCGCGGAAAUCAUCAGAAAGAAAAGCAAUGGAACAGAGAUCCGUGGAUGUUCCUCCAAAGGAACGUCUAAGAUCACAGCUUCAACGUUAUGGAUUUAAGCCUCACCAUGUAAAUGCUGCUCUUACUGAACGUGACGAGCUUUCAAGUGCUCUCGACUGGCUGGUUUUACAUGUUCCGGAGAAUGAGUUGCCCCCAAAGUUUGCAGCAGAAUCUUCUAUGAUGUCUGUCCAAGUUCUUGUGAGAGGGAAACAAGUGCCGGACAAGGCACAGGGUACUUUUGCUAACAUGUCAAGCCAAAGUGUAGCCCAUUUACAAGAAUAUGGGUACUCUGAUGUUGACUGCAUUGAAGCCUUAGUAGUUGCCAAGGGUGAUGAAUCGAUAGCCUUGGGCAGUCUAUUUAGGACGCUUAUAGGGAGUCAGAGUGACAAUUCAAGGGAAAUUGGAGACGAUGGCACUCCAGAAUCUAUUGCAGAGAUGAGAGAAGAAGAGCUUAUAGUGUUGCAGUCCAUUUUUGAGGAGGAGAAUAUUUCCUUGUCAGAAAAUGUAAUUACGUUCAACUUAUCUCUGGAAGAGACUGUUGAUGCAACCCUUCACAUGGAGGUUCGAAUACCACCAGAAUCCCGCUAUCCAUACGAAACUCCAAUUUUAGCAUUUCGAAGUAGCGACUUGCCAAGCGCUUUCUUGCUGGAGCUCACGAAAAAAGUGGGAAAAGUUGCCUCGCAGAUGAGUAGACCCAUGUUAUAUGAUCUUUUUUCCACUGCCGCUGAACUCACAGUAUCUUUACUUCCCGAAUAUCUGAGUCAUGGAGAUCACACCUCCAUAUUGACUGGUGACCCCGAUUGGGAUCAGUUGUCUGAAUCGGAGCCUGAUCUUGGAUCUAAACUUUUCCUGAAGGUAGACGAAAGUAUAACUGGAAAUUCUAAGGGUAAUUCCAUCAAUGCAAGUAUGGACAAUCCAGAUAAUCAAUCCAGAACGUAUGUACCUCCUGGACUACGGAAGCCUCAGAAUAAUCAAGGUGAUUUGUUGAGCUCCCAACAAGCAGAUGACAUAUGUACGAAUGCUGGAAAGAAUAGUCGAGCCAGGGGUAGAACAGGAAGGAAAGUUUUAAGAGACCAUGACGAGGAGCAAGAGUUAGGUGGCGAAGAGUACAAGGUAGAUGCUGCUGAUGUUCGAGUAGAGAGUGAUAAAUUGAAGGAAGAGUGGGAGUUAUGGCAGAAGUCACGUAAAGAUCAAGAGCUCCGUGGCGUUAGAGCGAGGUUGCCGGCGCACAAAUAUCGUGGUGAUCUUUUAGAUGCAAUAAAUGGCUCGUUCGUGACCAUUGUCUGUGGUCAAACAGGAUGCGGCAAGAGUACCCAGGUUCCUCAAUUCGUGUUGGAGGAUUAUAUUGAGAAAAACAAGGGAGGAGAAUGCAAUAUUAUAUGCACACAACCCAGAAGGAUUUCAGCCAUCGGUUUGGCAGAUCGAGUAUCGAAAGAAAGGGGCCAGGCAGUUGGCGUUACAGUGGGUUACUCAGUUCGACUUGAUUCUUGUCGAUCAAAGCGAACCAGGCUUCUUUUUUGCACAACUGGAAUCCUUCUGCGACGGUUGCUAUCUGAUCCCAACUUGACCGGUGUAACUCAUGUGAUAGUUGACGAGGUGCAUGAACGCUCUUUGGAGAGUGAUCUUUUGCUGCUCUUCCUUCGGCAGUUUCUGAACAGACCACAGAACACUCUUCGCAUGAUUCUGAUGUCUGCAACAGUAGACGCUGGUGUAUUUGCCAACUACUUCAAGAAAUCUGGAAGUUAUGCACCCCCUGUCGUAAAUAUUCCUGGCUUUACGUUCCCAGUGCGAGAGCUGUACUUAGAAGAUGCGCUGGAAAUGACUGGCUACCGUGUUGGGCGAAAUUCACGUUAUGCCUUGCGUAAGAAAUUAGCACAGGGAGAAGUUUCUACUACCGCUGCUUUGAAACCCCAGAUUCGGGGGGCUGCUGUUUUGGCUGGAGAUCUAGAAAGCUGGGAAGAUGUGCUGGACGAGAAAGAAGCAUCAGAUUGCAUAGGUAUUGAAUCUUAUAGUGAGAGUACUCAGCAAUCUUUGAAGAUAGUAGAUCAAAGUAUAAUCAAUUUCGAGCUGAUCGAAACUUUGAUAUGCUCUAUUCUCGAACAAGAGGCAAAUCCUUCCACAAUGUAUGGGAGAUUAACAUCUUUAGAAGAAGAGACAGAGAGUCGACACGCUAGAUCCUUGACCUCAACCAGUGGACAGAAAGAGAAUGUGGGUGCUAUACUUGUUUUUCUUCCUGGCAUGCUGGAAAUUCGUAAGCUUCAACAACGUCUACAGUCAUCUCAUCAGAUUUCGGCACUGGGGCUCGGUGGACUGUGGGUGUUGGCUUUGCACGGUUCUUUGUCUGGAGAGGAGCAGAAGCGUGUGUUCAAGAAGCCUCCUUCAGGGAUUCGAAAAGUUGUUUUGGCCACGAAUAUUGCUGAAACCAGUAUUACCAUUGAUGAUGUUGUGUAUGUGAUUGAUACUGGGCGGCACAAGGAAAUGAGGUAUGAUCAUAACAGAGGGCUUUCUUGUUUGGAAGAUACAUGGAUUUCAAAAGCUAAUGCAAAGCAGAGACGUGGACGUGCGGGAAGGGUUCGCCCUGGAUGUUGCCUUCGUCUGUUCAGCCGACAACAGUUUGAGAACUUUGAGGAACAGCAACUUCCAGAAAUGCUCCGUGUUUCUCUUGAAGGCUUAUGUUUGAGGGUGAAGACCUUAAUGGAAGGAAAAGUAAUGGAAGUAGUUUCCCAAAUGUUGACACCUCCAUCUUUUGAAGCAGUUCGCACAUCCUUGAAGAGCUUAGAAGAUUUGAGUGCUCUUGACAAGGCAGAGAGGCUGACACCUCUGGGCCAACACUUGGCCCGUAUGCCUGUGGAUGCAAGGGUUGGCAAGAUGUUGAUAUUUGGUUGUAUGUUAAAGUGUCUCGAUCCAAUUCUCACGAUAGCUGCAUCUUUGAGUGGUCGAUCUCCGUUUAUGUCACCCAUGGAGAGACGCGAAGAAGCUGCAGCUGCAAGGAUGAAACUUGCAGGGAAUAGCAAGAGUGAUCACAUGGCAAUAGCGGCUGCUUACAAUGGGUGGACAAGUGCAAAGAAUGAUGGCUGGGGUUCAGAGAAUGAAUAUUGCCAAGCUAACUUCUUAUCAAGAGAGACAUUAUCUGGAAUCGAAGCUAGUCGAACUGAUUACCUCAAAAUAUUGGUAGAUCUUGGAUUCCUACCAACUUUUGCUGACUAUAAUGUUACAGGUCAUCUUAAUGCAAACGCUAACAGUGUCCGGGUGGUGAAGGCUUUGAUCUGUGCGGGCUUUUAUCCAAAUAUUGUGCGGGUACAUCACCCAGAAAAAACUUAUGUGCAAACUGAAGGGGGUGCUGUAGUGAAAACUGCUGCUGCUCACGAGCUCCGUUUCUUCACCAAAGAGGAUGGCCGUGUGUUUCUACAUCCUGCCAGCGUCAACUUCCCUGUGGGAAUUUUCGAGAGCCCCUAUCUUGUGUUCACCGAGAAAGUGAAGACGUCCAAAAUUUUUCUGAGAGAAAGCACAAUGAUACCCGCCUACGCUCUAUUACUAUUUGGCGGUGAAAUAAGGGUGAAGCAUGAGCGGCAAUCAAUUACUGUUGACGAUUGGCUGCAAUUUGAAGCUCCAGCCCGUAUUGCAGUUCUUAUUCGUGAAUUGCGGUUGAAAGUUGAUUCAAUACUCUUAGAUAAAAUACAGCAGCCCUCUGUAGAUAUCUCAUCCACUCCUGUUGUGACGGCCCUCAUUCGAUUACUUACAACUGAUGGAUUCUAAGUCUUGUAGAACCCUUCUCCCAUUAUGACGCAGUCUAGGCUCUAUUCUUGAUGUGUACAUCAUUAUUUUCUGAGCUCACAGAAAAGAGACUCAAGCGCACAGAUUCAUCUUUUAUCCCUACAGUUAUGGUCCGUGAAGUAUUGUAACUAACCUAAUGCGAGGAGGUUACAUAUUUGGACUAAACUUCAUCUGUAUACCACAUUUAGAACAAAAUUAUUUAAUGAGAACCAGACUGUAUAUUGCGAUUACUUCCGAUUAACAGAAA